AUGUCGGCUCUUUCUGUUCACAAUCUUAGUACCACCACAUUCCUCCUCACUGGUUUUCCAGGAUUAGAACAAUUUUAUUCCUGGAUUGCCAUCCCUUUCUCCUCCAUCUAUGCUAUCAUCCUGCUGGGGAACUGUCUGAUUCUCCAUGUGAUCCGGACUGAGCCAAGUCUACAUGAGCCCAUGUUUUACUUCCUAGCUAUGCUGGCUUUCACUGACUUGUGCAUGGGGCUCUCUACCAUUCAUACAGUAUUGGGGAUCUUGUGGAAGUUCAGCCAUGAAAUCAGCCUGGAUGCCUGCAUUGCUCAAACUUACUUCAUUCAUGGUCUGUCUGGUACAGAAUCUGGAGUCCUUCUUGCCAUGUCCUUUGAUCGAUUCAUUGCAAUCUCUAAUCCUCUCAGAUAUACAACUAUCUUGACAAAUACCAAAGUCAUACAAGUGGGGCUGAUUAUUUUGGUGAGGAGUGCUUUUUCAAUUCUUCCUGCAAUCAUCCGCCUGAAGUUCUUCCAUUAUUGUCGCCACCACAUCCUCUCCCAUUCUUUCUGUCUUCACCAGGAUCUCCUUCGUCUGGCUUGCUCUGACAUUCGUUUCAAUAGCUUCUAUGCCCUGGCAUUGGUGAUCUGCAUCUUUCUAUUAGACUCCCUCCUCAUCCUCUUCUCUUACAUUCUCAUCUUACAUACAGUCUUAGCUAUUGCAUCUCAGGAGGAGAGACUCAAGUCCUUGCAGACUUGUAUUUCCCAUAUCUGUGCUGUUCUGGUUUUCUACAUUCCAAUUAUUGGUCUUACAAUGGUGCAUAGGUUUGGAAAACACCUUUCACCUCUCGUCCAUGUUCUAAUGGGAAACAUCUAUAUCCUUUUCCCACCUCUCAUGAACCCCAUCAUCUAUAGCAUCAAGACCAGGCAGAUUCGCAUCAGGAUCCAAAGAGUCUUCUUCCUGAAAAGGUAUUGA